AUGAAUGUCUUCCAGUUCAAUGAAGGCAAAUGUAGAGUCCUGCACCUUGGAUAUAAUAAACCCAUACAACAGCCAGGAGCUGACCUGGUAAAGGGCGGCUUUGCAGAAAAGGUCCUGGGGGUGCCAGCGAACAACAAGGAUGGGCUUGAACAGCUUUGGAUAAGUGUCAUCUUGGUUGGGGUACACAAGGAUGUCUUUGAAAGUCUGGCUUCAGAAGUGCAGACAGGUUUCACUGAGAAAACACAGGUGGCCAUUGUUUUCAGCAUAGCAGGACAGUUGGUUACCCCUUCUUCAGGGUUGUUUAAGAAUCGCCAUCACCAGCUCAGGGAGAAAGCCACGAAGAAAACUGACAAACCCAGGCCAGAGGAGAAGGAUGACCUAGAUGUAACAGAGAUGAGUAAUGAAGAUCUUCAAGAGCAACUUGUGAAAUAUGGACUAAAUCCUGGCCCGAUUGUAGCUACUACUAGGAAACUUUAUGAGAAAAAACUGUUGAAACUGAUGGAGCAAGGUCCAGAACUGAAGGCACCUGUGCCUCUCCCAGCAAUUUCUUCAACUGCUGAGAACACCAGACAGAAUGGAAGUAAUGAUUCUGACCAGUACAGUGACAAUGAAGAAGAUUCGAAGACUGAGCUGAGGCUUGAGAAGAGAGAACCAUUGAAAGCCAGGACAAAGACUCCAGUAGCACUCAAACAAAGAAGAGUUGUUGAACACAACCAGACCUAUUCUCAAGAUGGAGUUACUGAGACUGUCUGGACAAGUGGAUCUUCAAAAAGUGGACCUCUGCAGGCAUUUUCUAGGGAGUCUACAAGAGUGUCAAGAAGAACACCAAGGAAAAGGGUGGAAGCUACAGCACAGUUGCCUGUAGAUGAUGCUGUAAUAACAGAGAGUACUCCCAUAGCUGAAACUAUAUUGACUGCAAGCAACGAGACCCUAGUUGUCAAUAGGGUGCCUGGAAAUUUCAAGCAUGCAGCUCCUACGCUGUCAAUCAGUGAACUCUCAGACAUGCCCAGAAGAACACCAGAGAAACCAUUGAUGACAGCUGAAGUGCUGGAGAAAACUCAUACAGAAGAACGAAGAGCAGAAAGGGAUAUUCUUAAGGAAAUGUUCCCUUAUGAAGUAUCAACACCUACAGGAAUUAGUGCUAGCUGCCGUAGACCAAUCAAAGGAGCUGCUAGCCGGCCUAUAGAGCACAGUGACUUCAGAAUGGAAGACAGUUUCUCUAAGUAUGCUCCAAAAUAUGGUACCUCAACUGACAUCAAGUCAGAGAAACCACCAACAAAAAAAGAACGCUCCAUUCCCCUGUGGAUAAAAAUUCUUCUCGUUGUUGUUGUUUCGGUCUUCUUGGUUUUGGUUUAUCAGUCUAUGGAAACUAAUCAAGGAAAUCCUUUCUCUAAGUAUAUGAAUACUGUCUCUGAGGCCGGUGCCAAAUGAGUAUCUUUCUGAAAGGCACACCUGAUUUGAUCUCCUGUUUUUAAUUCUAGAGAACUCUUCUGCCCUCUUAUCGGCUCAAGGACUUCUUACAAAUAAUGUGAUUGGAACCUGAUAAAUUGGAUAAAUGAAGCAAGAUAAUAUUAAACGGACAUCGGUAACUUUCUGGACUUUGGACUAGUAGGAGAUCACUUUGCCAUAGGAGUAACAUUUUUUUAGAUCUUUGAACUUUUUGUAGGCUUUAUUUUUUUAAUGUGGACAUCCUUUAAAUUCGUUUUUGAGAAACUGUAUAUUUGUUUUUGCAAGAACUUGGAAGCUGAGAAGGGCAAAAAUGUAGUAAAAUGUGAAGCUGUGUUUUUAAAGCUUUUCCUUUGUACAGAAAAGAAGUUGUACUUUUGUCUCUAUAGAUUAUUGUGGAGGAGGAUUUUAACACAAGUGAUAAAGGGAAAUGCAUCUUUCUAUGCAUUUUUUUCAGUAACAAUGUAACUGAAUUUGAUCUUUUAGGAUGUAGGGAGAGUACGACAACCUUUUCUGUAGAUUACUGUAACUUUUUAGUAAAUGUAACUGUAAAACUGUUUGCAUUUCUGUAAAAGUCUUAGUAUCAUAUUAGUAACUCCGUUUAAGCGUAACAUCAUUUAAAUGUAUCCCUUCAUUUUAGUGCUUACAGUGUUGUAGGAGCUGAAUACAAAUCUAAUUGGCAAGAGAUGUCUUAGAGAAACUUAUUUAUUAGUAAUAUGUGUGGAAAAUAAAAAUUGCAUCAAUAUAAUUUGCUACUAAAAUACUUUUUUGGGUCAAGAUUGUUAUCUGAAGUAGUCUAAAUUCUGACUUUAGCAGUGGUCUUUUUUUUUUUUUUAAAAAAGAGAGGUCUUUCCAAUACAGCUUUCUGUGAUUAUCUUUGAAUAUUCAUGUAGAGAAGUAUUCUCAAAGCGUGAAAAUUCCAUAUGAAGUUUUAUUCUUGUAUGAAGAGGGCAUUGCUGCAUUUUCUGCUACAGUUUCAUCUUCUAAGGUGAGAUUUACUACUUUCAUGCAGUUGAAUAUUUUUCUCAGUGGAAGCA